AUGGCGGGGAAAUCAUUAUACAAUGAUUUCUCUGAGAUACAGGACCGGAUCGAGACACUGUGCAGCGAGGAAGGCGACAUUGAGGCCCAAGAGGCCGAACGUGAGUCUUUCGAGAACACAUUUUACCGACUCAGCGCUAAGGGCAAGCUGCUGGCGAAAAUAGAUAACGAAUCAAUACCAAAUGACCAUAGUCCGCAAGCUCCACAGCAACAGCCCCUCGGUGAGUCGAUAAAGUAUCCCGAAAUUAGCCUCCCUAGCUUCGAUGGAGACCUAACACAGUGGCUGCAGUUCCGAGACACAUUUGAUGCCCUAGUCAAUCAAGCUAGCCUGGCACCUAUUGUAAAAUAUAAAUACCUACGCAGUUGUUUACGAGACGGCGCACUUGAGGUAAUUAGUUCGCUCGAUUUCUCCGAGGAAGGGUACACGCUCGCGUGGCAGAUGCUUUGUGAACGUUAUAAUAAUCCUAAACGUUUAGUUUCCAACCACAUGCGAGCCUUGUUCGAUGUGGAACCCGUACCGUCAACUCCUUCAGGUCUUAGAGGGCUCGAGUCAGCCAACUUCCUGGCGGCACUGCGACGGUUCAUCGCCAGGAGAGGUAAACCGAAGGAGUUGGACUUCUGGCGGCGCUGGUCACGUGACUACAUCGGAACGCUGCAGGAGCGCACGAAGUGGAGGAGCGCGCGCGGCCCAAGCCUCGCAGUCGGCACCGUCGUUCUGGUGCGAGAAGAGCGCCUGCCACCCUGCCGGUGGAGGCUGGGCAAGAUCGUCGCGACGCAGCCGGGCCGGGAUGGCAUCACCAGGGUAGCCAUCAUCCGAACCGCCAGAGGAGACAUCCAACGCGCAUUCAAUAACAUUUGUCCUUUACCUACUUCGGGCCAAGUUAUAUAAGUAGUUAAUACCUACGAACCUAAUGUUAUUGUUUAAAUAAUUAUAAUUAAGUAAUAAGUAUGAUUAAGUACCUAUACCUUACUUACCUAGUAUAUAAUUACAUAAUAAGAAUACCUACUCCCUAUUUAAAAUAAAAAACAUGUCCUAACGUUGUUUCAUUUAUAAAAAUGGGCACAGCUCUAAUUUAAAUAUAAGUAAUUACCUAACUAUAGCUCAUAACAAAAAACUCUGCCCAUCCUUACUAAUAGGUAAAUAUAUAUAUAUAAGGCCUAUUCUUGAAAUACCUAAUGUUACUCAUAAAACAUUAACUAUUUCAAGGGGUGGCAAAAUGUUAAGACCUAUCUUAACAGGGAAUAGAUAAAUAGGUAUUAGCCAAUAUAAUACCUACUUGCCUACGCCAUCUAGGUUAGGGCUCUCAAACUUCUUAGAUAUUAGACAUAAAUCACCAGUAGACAGCACCACAGUUCCAUAAUAUGUAAAUAAGGUGACAUCUACCGAAACUCUUAUGUACUAGCAUAAUUACUCAACAACUUAGUUUAGGUAUGUCAGUAGAUGUAAUAGUUCAUAACUAAUCAGUAGUGUGGCGCUGUACGUAGCUAUAUAAGGACCGACUUAGAUUUAUAUAAAAUCACUUUUUCCAAUCAGCCUUCUGCUUAACAUUAAACCUAAUGUAGUAUA